CAUCCAAAGGCGCAAACAAAUUCCUCCUGACGAGUACAUCGCCACUCUGGAACCUCGCCCAACACACCUUGGCACCUCCCCCAAGGACUACGGGAACUCGACACCUAUUGCGCUAAAGCGCCCGUCUCUUCAAAAUGCCAGAGCAAGCCGCCGUGGCGGGCCGCCCGGCUGGCCAGCCGCAGCAGCGGCAGGAGGGCUCCUUUAUCAAUAAAAUCUUGCAGAUGGUGGCCAUGUAUGUGGCCAUGCAGUUCGUCAUGAAGCAGUUCUUCCCCAACCAGCAGGCUGGCCAGAUCAUCAAGGACGGCGACGGCAAAAUCGUCGAGGUCCCGAACACCGGUGACAUCCCUCCGUAUCAGACCCGCCCAGACCGGCUCGACGAGGGCGCCUCGUGGAACCCCAAUCCCAUGCGUGCCGCUCCCAUCUGGCCGCCCAGCAGCAAGCUUGAUGUCGUCGUCACCGUCUCCGACUCCUUUAUCCCCUCGCCCCUCGCCUCGACCCCCGAGAGCAAGAUCGUGCUGGAGGAGAAGGGGUUUACGCUAGGCAACUGGACCGACAAGCGUACGGCCGAGACCGUGAUUGACGUUCCUACCACGGUCCAGCGCAACGGGACACUAUGGGGCCAUUUCUACGUUGGACUCGCCGGGAGCGUGCUGGACCCAAAGCAGAAGGGCUUCGACCCCGGCUCGGCUUACCACUUCACCUUCCCCUUAACCCAGUACAUCGCCAAGAAAAAGGUCAAGAAGCUGCGGAGUCUCCUGGCCAAGCAGAACGAGACCGAGUCGCCCGACGCCGAGGCGGCCGAGGAGGACAACCAACCCUCUGUCCCUGUGGUCGGCAACUACUACCACCCCAACGCCAGCCUGUCCUUCAUCCCUGACACGGGUGUCCUGCUGCUCGCGCAGACUCCCGUCUCGGCGCGACAGUUUGUCAACCUCGAGGCCACCGGCGCGCGCGACGGCUCGGGCCAGCACACUUGGUACUAUCCCAUCCUGUUUGUCAACACCUUUUGGCAGCUCAAGUCCCACAUGAUGCAGCUCAACGAGACGGUCAAGACGCUGCCCGUGCGUAUCGACCUGAACAACCUGGCCAACUGGAAGUUCACCACCUUGUCCUCCAUCGAGCUCAACUCGCGCGAGGCGGCCAAGACGGCGGCGUGGGGAGGCUCCCUGCCCGGCGGCGGCGACGGCACCGAGAUCGAGAUGGUCAAGGAGAUACUUCUGGACACGAACCCAAUCUUGCUCGGUAUCACAACUGUCGUGACCAUCCUUCACCUCAUCUUCGAGACGCUAGCCUUCACGUCGGACGUGGCGCACUACCGCAAGAAGAAGGACAACGUUGGCAUCUCGGUGCGCACCAUCCUGGCCAACGUCUUCAUGCAGGCCAUCAUCUUCCUCUACCUGCUGGACAACUCCCAAAAUACGAGCUGGAUGAUCCUCGGGUCGCAGGGCGUCGGGAUCCUUAUCGAGCUCUGGAAGGUCACGACGGUUGUCAACGUGCGAGUGCGCGAGGCGCCCGGGUCACUGCUGCCGUACCGCGUCGUGUUUGAGGAUAAGCACAAGCUGAGCGACACUGAGGAGAAGACCAAGGAGUAUGACGAGAUCGCCUUCAAGUACAUGUACAUGGCCGGAGUGCCACUGCUCAUUGCGUACGCCGUCUACUCGGUCAUGUACGAGGAGCACAAGGGCUGGUACUCGUUCAUCAUCACGACGCUGGUGGGGUCCGUGUAUGCAUAUGGGUUCCUGAUGAUGGUGCCGGCACUCUACAUCAACUACCGACUCAAGAGCGUGGCACACAUGCCGGCCAAGGCCAUGAUGUACAAGUUCCUCAACACCUUCAUCGACGACCUGUUCGCCUUCACCAUCAAGAUGCCCUUCCUGCACCGCCUGUCGACCUUCCGCGAUGACAUCAUUUUCUUUAUCUACAUCUAUCAGCGCUGGGCCUACCGCAUCGACUACACCCGUGUCAACGAGUUCGGUCAGGGCGGAGAGGACGAAACCGAGGCGGUUAAGAAGGACGAGGGCAAGGCGCUGCCACCCGUAGAUGAAGAUGCAGCGAAGAGCCCGGAGGGUGGUGAUGGGAAGGCCAGCGGCGCGGACGCCGGGGCUGCCAAGGCCGUGAAGAGGAAAUGAAGGUGAUUGAUUGCAUGCCAAAAUUUCUUAGAAAACGAGGCGUAUCGAUUAGAUGGAUUCUCAAUCUUUAGCUCCAGUACCAAACCCAACACGAUGAUAAGUGUGCUCAUAUCUGGACGCACGCAUGGCGCCCCUAAUUUGUCCUUUCUGUCCCCCUCCUUCUCUCCUCGGCCUCGUCCAGGUCACACGGUAAUUCUGC